CGAAUUCGCCCGGGGGGAGGGGGGGGGAGGUGUUGGCAUAGAAUGCUACAGAGUGCACAUUUUGCUGUUGUAUGGCCGGCCAUGCGUGCCAUACUCGGUCAUGGUGAUCUAUACAAUGGCUGAACUCACGCUUGAAGAAACAUGACCUCACAAACAGUCCAGCUAUGUCGGCAUCAUUUCCCGCACAGAUUGACGCGAUGCCGUGGUGUGUAUAUAAUGCGCAGUAUACCAUUAUAUGGGUACUUUCCCUGCACGCUGUCGCACGCCUAAACGAGCAAUUGCAACAUGAAACUGCCCAUCAUCAUCCUGGCGACUCUGGCCACCUGCAUGGCCAGAGAUAUCCCCUCCAACUUGCAGCGAUUCUACGAUACGGUCAAGAAUGCGGGACCCUGCACGGGUGACGAUCUUUUGCAAGAUGGCUUGUUCGACCAGGACGAUAGCACCGACGAAUGGAGUUACUGUGACAGGAACUUCACCGGCCGCGGACUCUACAUCAAAGGUCCAGGCACGGAUCUGGCUAAUACGGACAUCGACUGCGACGGGGAUCAGCAGAAUGCCGAUCCGCGCUGCCUGGGAUCGAGCGACACUCAGCCCGCGACGGCCUUCAGGCGCCAGGUUCAGCGGCUCUCCAACAUCACCGAUCUGAACGCUUCGAUCCACCCUUAUGUUGUGUUGGGAAACAUUGGGGCUGUGACUUUCGAUCCCCGCGAUCACGGCAUCGAACCGCUUAGCGUGGUGGCUGUUGUCUGCGGCGGCCAGCUGAUCUACGGCAUCUGGGGCGACAUCAACGGAAACGACGGCAUGGCUCUGGUGGGCGAAGGGAGUCUGGCGCUAGCGACGGCAUGCUUCGGAGAUAGCAUGAACGGCAACAAUGGGCACGACGAACCCGAUGUGCUGUAUCUUGCAUUUUCAGGGCGCAAUGCCGUGCCGCGAAACGCUAACUGGGCUGCAAGAUCUUAUGAGGAAUUCGAAGCGAGUAUCAUGGCUCUCGGAGAUGCAUUAGUGGCUCGAGUGUAAUUGACUUUGCUUUUUGCCCCUGUUCAGCUGGUUUUGGAUUUGGUUGGGGGUGAAGUCAUGGCCACUUCCUCGGUCAUUAUUUGUAAUUCAGCUAACCGAUUGCAAUGAUAUCAUUUGCUG